AUGAACGGACAAAACGAAGGACUUGUUGAAGUUCGACCGGCCGACAGUUGGACUUGGGGCGGAGUCUGUGGUGAACACUUCGACCUAAGGGACGCAGACGUUGUUUGCAGGAUGCUGGGCUAUAUCUGGGCAAACCGCUUUUACUCAUUAAGAUCACACGGGCUGGCCUACAUGGCUGACAUACGAUGUGAUGGGAACGAGACUAGCCUGUUCAAAUGCUCGUACGCAGGAUGGGGGAUUCACGACUGUGCCAUAUAUGCCAGCGUUGUCUGCGAUACCAGCAGAAUCCGUCUAAUCGGUGGUUCCGGCCCGAACGAAGGACGUGUGGAAGUCCGCCCAGAGGACAGUGUGAACUGGGGCACAGUUUGCCACAACCAGUUUGACAUGAAGGAUGCAGACGUGAUUUGUAGAAUGCUGGGUUAUCCAAACGCUACCCAGGUUCGAAAUGACGCGUAUUUUGGCCAAGAUUCCAGUAGAAUCCGUCUUGUUCCCUGGCGUUGGAUUAACGGACCAGACGAAGGACUUGUUGAAGUUCGACCGGCCGACAGUUGGACUUGGGGCAGAGUCUGUGCUGAACACUUCGACCUAAGGGACGCAGACGUUGUUUGCAGGAUGCUGGGCUAUAUCUGGUACGGGCUGGCCUACAUGGCUGACAUACGAUGUGAUGGGAACGAGACUAGCCUGUUCAAGUGCUCGUACGCAGGAUGGGAGAGUCACGUCUGUGCCAUAUAUGCCAGCGUUGUCUGCGGUACAUUGAUAAAUUCUUACCUCAAUUUCCACCAUGUAUAUACGUGUAUAUGUUUGAUAAUAUAUUUAGAUACCAGCAGAAUCCGUCUAAUCGGUGGUUCCGGCCCGAACGAAGGACGUGUGGAAGUCCGAUCAGAGGACAGUGUGAACUGGGGCACAGUUUGCCACAACCAGUUUGACAUGAAGGAUGCAGACGUGAUUUGUAGAAUGCUGGGUUAUCCAAACGCUACCCAGGUUCGAAAUGACGCGUAUUUUGGCCAAGGAACAGGACCAAUCUACAUGGCUGACCUACGAUGUGAUGGUAACGAGAGCAGCAUCUUUGACUGCCCUUACGCAGGGUGGACGAUUCACGACUGUGAUCAUGGCCAAGAUGCAGGCGUGGUCUGUCGUACAGAUGUCAGUAGAAUCCGUCUUGUCGAAGGUUCCGGCCCAACCGAGGGGCGUGUGGAAGUCCGGCCGGCCGACAGUUCCAGAUGGGGCACAGUCUGUCACAACGGUUUCGACUUGAAGGAUGCAGAAGUUGUCUGCAGGAUGCUAGGAUACCCGAAUGCCUAUCGUCUGCGCCCUAAUGGCUAUUUUGGCAUAG